CAGCAGAGGCAGUCCGUCUUAUCGUGCAUGAUGUUUUGUUUUUGUUGCGUUGUUUUUCUUCUGGCCCGCGUACUCAGGUGCAACCCCCCCCCCCGUCUAUGUGGGCGCUCCGGCCGCCGGGCCCCGCUCCGCUCCGCUCCCGGCGCCGCGGCCACAGGCGCGACUUCCCCAGUUGCUGACGUCAGCUGGCAGCCUGCGCUCUGCUCGCCGCUCCGGACACAGCGCCGAAGAAAAUGCUGCUCUCCGUACCGCCAAGGGCAGGGAUCGGUCCGUACAACGGCUACCACGGCAGGAACAGCAAAAAGCAGGCCUAUGUGUCCUCCGGCCACCAGAUGGCGCCCCCCAGUCCCAACACCAACAGCAGCAGCACCAGCAGUGGAGGGGGCGGGGAACAGCUGAGUAAAACUAAUCUGUAUAUCCGUGGCCUCCACCCUGGGACCACAGACCAAGACCUAAUCAAGCUCUGCCAACCGUAUGGCAAGAUUGUCUCCACCAAGGCCAUCUUGGAUAAAACCACCAACAAGUGUAAAGGGUAUGGCUUUGUGGACUUUGACAGUCCAGCAGCAGCCCAGAAGGCCGUCACAUCGCUGAAGUCCAGCGGUGUCCAGGCUCAGAUGGCCAAACAACAGGAGCAGGACCCUACCAAUCUCUACAUCUCCAACCUGCCGGUGUCCAUGGAUGAGCAGGAGCUGGAGAGCAUGCUCAAGUCCUUUGGCCAGGUUAUCUCCACCCGCAUCCUCCGUGACACCAACGGGACCAGCCGCGGUGUGGGGUUUGCCAGAAUGGAAUCCACAGAGAAGUGUGAGGCCAUUAUUCAGCAUUUCAAUGGCAAAUUCAUCAAGACUCCACCUGGAGUGCCUGUGCCUACAGAGCCCUUAUUAUGUAAGUUUGCAGACGGGGGUCAGAAGAGGAGGCAGAACCAGGGGAAAUACCUUCACAAUGGAAGGCCUUGGGCCAGAGAUGGGGAGACGGGAGGAAUGACGCUUGCGUAUGACCCCACGGCCUUACAGAAUGGCUUCUACUCCUCACCCUAUAGUCUGGCCCCAAGCCGAAUGAUCACCCAGACGUCCCUCUCCCCCUACAUGCAUUCUCCAGUCUCGUCCUACCAGGUACAUAAUCCAUCCUGGAUGCAUCAUCAGUCAUACCUCAUGCAGCCAGCCGGCACAGUCCUGACCCCGAGCAUGGACCAUGCCAUGUCCAUCCAGCCUACGUCCAUCAUGGGACCUCUUACCCAACAGCUCAGCCACCUGUCCUUGGGCAGCACAGGCACUUACAUGCCUGCCAACACUACUAUGCAGGGGACCUACAUCCCCCAGUACACCCCAGUGCCUCCCUCCAGUGUCUCAGUUGAGGAGAAUGGAGGCCAACAGCAACAGGUUGCCAUGGAGACGCCUGCAGAACACACAAACUACUCGUACCAACACACCAAGUGAAGCUAAGCUGCCGGAGGCGAGGGGCCGAGGGCACACGAUGAGCCGCGUGGGAAGGAUUCCUCUGCAGGACAGACGUGCUCGGGACCCUCAGCAAGCACCGGACCCAAACAUGGAUGGCAAGAGGAACAUAUGUGUCAUGGAAACUAGGAUGACACUCUUACUUCAUUGGAGUUUUCCUGCUCUUUUCUCCAAGAGCCGAUCAACCAAAGGUGGGAGCGUUCUUCAGAGAAACGUUGAUGUAUUUUGUUAACUGACAAAAAGAAUUUAAAAAAGAAAAAAAAACGCUAAGAAAGGAGGAAAAGACACAGAGCAUUAUUUUUGUGCACGUAAUAUAACAAAUUCUUAUUUUAAAAAAAAAGCAUUCUGGAAGUUUCAGAGUGAUUCAAGGAAAAGAGUUACAACACAAUGUGUCUUCUAUUUUUUUGUAAGAUAUGCAAACUUUGAUUUUUAUUUCCUGAUGUCUGUUUUUUGACAUUCUAUUUGCAGCAGUAGGAUAACAAUUUGUACAGAUUAAAAAAAAAAAUCAAAAGACUUUAGUUGGUGUGAUGUUUGGUAAUUAUUUAAAUCAUAGGAAGCAAACCGUUUAAAGCCACCUGCAGCUGCCAUGCUGGAGACCGUCAUGUUGGCCGCAGGUUAGAAACUCUUAACGGGGUGGUGAGGUGAUCUCCGCACCAUAUAAACCCUGGUUUCACCCUGGAUCUCUGGGUGAAAGACAAUCAUGAAUAUUUCCAUUUAUGUUUUUUGAGUUCCAAGAACAUUUAAAUUUGGCAGGGUAUUUAAUGCUGUAGUUUAUGUAGAUGUGGGCGUGGGUUGUAAAACAGUCUACAGAUUUAAAGGUGUCUAGAUGCCAGGCAGCACAUUCAUGCAUUCUGGCAUUGGGAAACUGUAAAAGUAUUAUGAGGUGCUGAGGCAAAGCUCCAAUAUUUCAUUGGGAGACCUCAGUUGUGUGUCAUUAUUGAUGAUAAUUUAGUUUAUGUCCUACCACGUCCUGUUGUCAGUCUAAAGCCAGUAGGGAGACAUUACCAGAAAGGAAGUACUGUGUUCACAUGUGUCACUGAGGCUGCAGAGAUGUUCUACAGAGAGGCUCUGCAGAGAUGUUCUGUAGAGAUGCUCUGCAGGGAUGCUCUGCAGAGAUGUUCUGCAGAGAUGUUCUGCCGAGAUGCUCUGCAGAGAUGUUCUGCAGAGAUGUUCUGCAGAGAUGCUCUGUAGAGAUGCUCUGCAGAGAGGCUCUGUAGAGGUGUUCUGCAGAGAUGCUCUGUAGAGAUGUUCUGGAAGACCCCUGCAUCCUUCCCGUGUCUCUCAGCAUGGCCCUCAGCUGGCUUUAAGCGGUUUGCUUGUGAUAGAUCUUCAGGUAUAAAUAACAACUCCAACUUUAGUGAUAAUUAAACAUGCUUUAGAGCUGAAGAUUACUACGAAGUGUGUGUACAAAAGAACAAAGUAAUAACUAAAUUAAGAGAAACGAGGGAAAUCAAAUUGGGGGCUGAGAGUCCCAGAAAUAAAAGUGAUGGGAAAGGGAGCUGUAAGGUUUUUUGUUUUGUUUUGUUUUUUUUUUUUUUCAAUGCUGCUUUUGUCACCUGAGUUUGAUUUUCUGACUUUCAGUGAUUUUUCUCUUUUGUUUUUUGUUUGUAGAUAGUAAACUGUUUUUGUUUUUUGUUUUUUUGUUUCACUUGAAAGCAUUUAAGCUAUUUUGCCUUAUUUUUGAAUGACUUUAUUUUCAAAAUAGAUUAGAUGUUAGUGUUAGCUUGGUAGCGUUCCUAUGAGUAGUUUCGAUCUUUCCUCUGUUAGUGAUGGGCGGGGUUAGUGAUGCUGCAUCGUUGUGCAUCUGCACAUGGUCCAUGACAACUGUCCUCACACCGCCUCCGUUCCACAGCACUGUGCUUUCACUCUCUCGUCGUUUCUGUCUGGGCUUUUCUACAGACCUACAUGUCCACAGACAGGUGUAUAUGUAGAAGCUUAGGGAAGAGGUGCUGGAUUAAGAACCGCGGCCUGAGUCUCUUCAGCUGUUCCUGGUUGGAAAGUCUCAAACCGGUUCUGUUGUCGACGUAACAACAGACAGAAGCUCGUGUACAUACAAAUUAUGGUCUGGUAAAAAGUUAUUGAAUUAAAUAUUGUCACUACAGGUCAUGCCACCACGUGCAGUAUGUCUGGAUAUGAUAGAUGAGGAUCAUUUGUUUCUAGAGACGUCGUGAACUCUAGCUGUUAAAACAGCAGUUUUACAUCAGACUCGCGUCACCGUGGUCGUGCUGUUAGAGAUGAGUUUUACAGCAGUACAGCAAUGAAUGAAUUUCUUAAUGAACCAACACUGCAAAAAAAAAAACAACCUAUUUUAAGCCUUAACAUUUUAGUCUGGAAACAACUGCCUGACACAGUCCAGGGUUCAACACUCAGCGGUGUGUAUGAAGACAAUGACGCACUUUCUCACACCUUAGCCAGCAUUUCAUCCGCGUCUGACAUGAGAUAAGGAAGAGCGCGUCUUCCUGUCCUCCAGCCACUGAGGUGUUCCAGCCAGUGAAAAGUCGUUUUUCAAGCCUUAUUUCAGGCACGGUUUAAAAGACUGUUGCCCUUUUGUCAUUGCUCUUCUUUGCAACCAAAAACAGCAUCGCCAUCCAUUCAUUUGACA